AUGCAUGAGAUGAUUAUAAGUUUUGCUUGUGGCGGCUACACAGAUAGUGUUGCUUACUUGGAUCUUGUUUUGUUGACUGCAGAGGAUUGGUACAAGAGCUUAUUGGUUCGUGUGAAUGCCAAACUGCCAACGUGGAUGUGUAUUCCUGUUUUUGAUGUAAUGUUCAACAUUGCAAUGGGUUUUCCUGGUGGAGUGAUUGUCUAUAUAAAUGUGGACAAUUCCCUACAUGUCAUUAAUAUCUUCAGGUAUAAUGAGAGUUUUACUCAGUGA